CGGCGUGUCAGUGGCACGCUGCCGCUCGCGAUAUUUGCGAGAGAGAGGGGGAGCAGAGAGAGAGAGGAGGGAGUGGCGUCUGUCGUCAUGCUGCUGCGGAGCGCGUCCUCGCCGCUGCUCAACUGCGUACGUGCGCCGGCUGCGUCGGCGGCGGCGGCGGUCGAGCACCUCGCGGUGGUUUCGCCGUUGCUGUCACCGGCGGUGGCGGCGGCGCCGAGGCAGGGGGCGGUGCUGUGCCGCGCCAUGUCCGAGGGUGACCUCGCGGCGCCGCUCGUCCCGGCCAAGAAGGACCACGAGGGACUGCACGGGAGGGCGCUGCCGAGGCUGUCGGCGUCCUCGUCCUCGUCCGCCUCCAUCUCGCUCGAGGAGGACGACAGCGAGGGCGUUGGCGAGGAGGAGGAGGAGGAGGAGACCGUGGUCGCGGUCGGCGCCGACGUGCCGCUGCCGCUGCGUCGGCUGCUGACGAGCACGGGGCUGGACGUGUCCGCGUCCGUGUCCGUGUCCGCGGCCGCGGCGCGCGAGGCGCUGGCGCUCGUGGAGCUGCAGGGCGUCGGGGGCAGCAGCGGGGGCGGGAACGGGAAGGCUCUCGGCAGCAGCGGUGGCCAGGGUGGUGUCGGGGACGGCGGCGGUGGCGGUGGCGACAACCGCGCCGCCACGGACACGCACUACCGGCAGAUGAUCGAGGCGGACCCGGGCAACUCGCUGCUGCUGGUCAACUACGCCAGGUUCCUCAAGGAGGUGGAGGGGGACGCCGCGAGGGCGCAGGAGUACUGCGAGCGCGCCAUCCUCGCCAGCCCCGGCGACGCCGAGGCGCUGUCGCUCUACGCGGGCCUCGUUUGGGAGACCAGCCGCGACGCUGCCCGCGCCGACGACUACUACAGCCGCGCCGUCCAGGCCGCGCCCGACGACUGCUACGUCCUGGGCUCCUACGCCGGGUUCCUGUGGGACGCCGAGGAGGACGACGAAGAGAAUGACAACUCCGAGACCUUGCCACCGCCUUCGCUGUUCCAGGGGGCGGUUCAGCAUCCUUCCAUCACAGCGGCAUCUUAGAUGAACAUGAACUCGAUCUAGAUCUCACCACCGCUUGUGAACGAAGCUGAAUCUGGAACACUGAAGAGCACCAUGCGAGAAACCAGACCGGCCCCCUACGAGUCACCGACAUCGCUGGCCGGCUCCUCGCCGCUUGUGAACUGAUGAAUCACGGCUGAUGAAUCACGGCACAUGUAAAAACUGAAUCUGGCAGAGCACAAACGCGUAAGCCUCUUAAGGUUUGGCACCUGAAGAAUUUGCAGGGCUAUGUAUAGUAGACAUGUAGAUUGAGACCCUGCAGAGCUUCUACAUGCAGAAUGUUAUUGGUCACUUGUGUAUCAGUACUAGUAAUGCAGUAUCCCUUGUGAAAUAAAGGUUUUCCUGCUGCUUCGUCAGUACUAGUAA